AUGAACUCACCUAUCCCCAUACAAUCUACUCCAGCGCGUCGUGCCUACACGCCUCUUGAAGUUAAGCGCAUGAUUUUCAUCAGUCUCUUUAAAAAUGGAGCAGGCGCUUCAAAGGGUAUCCCGUCUGCGGCAUUGUCAAAACUCUCAAUGUAUGACCCGAACACGACCAUGCCAUUUGCUACUGCUUUAUCACUUGGAGAGGAUGAGAGUUUGCAGUCGGUCGUUCAGAAGGCUGCAAUAGAAUUUUCCGAGCAUGAUGAGUUGCGCCAAAAUAUACGUUAUUACGUCAAAAGCCCGAAAGCUGACGCUGAAGAUAUGCGAAUACACGUCGGUAGACUCCUCGAUGAAGAUAUCAAGGAAAGGGAUCUCUUGAAAAAGGACCCGCACAUACUACAGAGAUCGAUUCUGGCAAAGGCCAUCCUUGUUGUGAAUGAAAUGGAGCAAAAAUGGCUUGGGAUAGAGAUCCAAGACGAUGCGCAUGAUUUCAAAAUCCAGUUGGUGACUUUGGUUAAUGGCUGGGGACAAGUUACCAAGGUCGAGCUACUGUAUUUCAAGUUCAAGACAUCUUUUCUGAGGUUUGUGGCUACACUCAAAGAUGAAACUCGAAACUGCCAAAUUCCUCCGGAAAACAUCACUAUGCCUACUCUUUCCUGGCCGUUCGCCGAUUUUGGGGAUAAAGAGGUACAAAUGAACAAUGGAACUUCGAAUACUUCUUCUGACAUUCAGAAUACAAAGUCCUCGGAACAAGUAGCGAAUGGCAAUGGCAUAUCUCCAGAGAAUAUUGAGUCCACCCAGAGUACGUCAGCUACAACAAACCGACAUCCCAACGACAAGGGCUACAGUCUCUGGGAUGGUCCUUGGAUGUAUCGAUUGCCGCACAUAGGCAAAGACGGCGAAUCCAAACCCAGUUGGCGAUGCCUCCGAGAUGAAAAAGACUAUGCGAAUAUGCUGGAUGGCAUCACUCGUGUCAAUUCCAAAUAUCAAGCGUGGGGCCAGCGAUUUAAAUGCAGUGUCUCGAUUAUGCACUCGCUAGAUCGAGAUUGCCAACAAAGGUAUUUUGACAUCCGAGAGGAGGAGCGAGCUUUUAGUGCGCAGUGGGAGAAGGAGUUGGAGAAGGCGGGAUUCUUUGACGAUGAAGAUCCUGUUGGUGAUCCUGGAGAUGAUUGGUUUGAUUCUUGGUUGAGAAACCGCAAAAGUCCUUCCAAGAACACAUAA